UAUGCUUGACUAGUUGGUGCGGUUAGUGUUAGCUGACAGGUCCGCAAAUCGUUUACGCUAGACAGAUCACCGUAAUUUAUCUGUAAUUACAUACGUAAUAUUGCAAUUUGUCUUAUUUUGAGUGGCCAGUUUAAAAAAAAAACACCAUUCAAGAUGUGUGCGAAAAUGGCUUUUCAACACCAAGCCGGAACAGCGAUGGAAUGCUUGAGUAUUCCUAUAACACUCCAUAAAGAGGCAGAAAUCGAUGCCAAUGGAGAGGAAGUGAUGAAAUGUGGAUUCAAAAUAGGUGGAGGGAUCGACCAAGAUUUUAGAAAAAGUCCCCAAGGCUAUACAGAUAAUGGGAUCUAUGUUACUGAAGUCCACGAAGGUUCACCAGCAGCAAAAUCAGGGUUGAGAAUGCAUGACAAAAUUCUCCAAUGUAAUGGGUAUGAUUUUACAAUGGUAACCCAUAAAAAGGCCGUUGGAUACAUUAGAAAGCAUCCUGUUUUAAAUUUAUUGGUGGCUCGUAAAGGGGUGACUAGCACUUAAGAUAUGCUAGUUCAAUGAUUAUUGAUUAAGAUGAACCACCUGUUUAAAAAUGGUUCAUUUAUUUUGUUCACAGAAGUGUUAGCAAUGCCAAUUUGCAAUUAUAGCAUAUCGUUGAGAGGAAUAAUACGCUUUGAUAUAACAAUGAAAAUAUUUACAGUUCAGUAUUUAAAGUCUAAAGACAAUCUAAAUGUUCAGCUAUCGACAAUCCCAACAUGAUUAGUUAUCAGACUCGCGAUUGUGACAUUUGUUUCAUCUGUUGUAAUGUUCGAAGUUGUCAUGUGUAAAAUAUCUUGUCAACGAGUUUCAUCCUCGCGUGAAACAGGUGAUCAAGAUGAAUUGGUGAAAGAAAACCCAUGGUUAUGUUUUAAAAUAACAGAGGGAUGUGUGGAUCGCAAUCGAUUAUUAAAUUAUACCUGCGGGCAAGGUAUAUUUAAUGUACUACAAAGAAUCAAAUGCGUUGUUGUCUCUCUCUGAAAUUUUAUAAAUAUUGAAUAGGGGUCAACUGUUUGGUAUUGCUAACUCAAAACUUAAAGUAUAUAUUAUACACUACUUUUGAAGCAGGUGGCAAAUGAUAUAUAAACAUCCUACCUCCCUUCGUGUCAUACGCAAAACACCCAAAUAGAUACUAAAUAGUAUAUGCAGGUUUGACCGAACCUUUGAGUUAAAUAUAUAUAGUUAUCAUACGUACCUGCUUGUAAAAUGUUAGGAUAUUAUUAUGUUAUUGCUAGAUUUUCGUUAUUUAUUAUCGAUGUAACGACAAUUCUACAAAGUAGAGUAGAAGAUCGAUCGGGAAACGAAAUUCAUUAUUAUGAAGGAUCAUGACACUAUCAAAAGACAGUUCUGAACAAACAAAGAUAUUGAAAUACCAAUGAAGUGAGUCAAAGAGAAACUCGUUAACUCGAUCUUUAUUUUGUCAAAAAGGCAGUUGACUGUAUAAUGCAUUCACCUAUGCUAACUUGGUUGAAUGACACUACAUCUACCCCCAAUAUGGAGCGCCAUCAAUUUUAUUUGUAUAUUUUGUAUCUAGAUUUGUGAAACACAUCUCUGAAUUUACAAUUCUGAUUACUCAGUUUAGAUAUGAUGUCCAUUUUACAUCAUAUUACCAAAGAAAGUUUUACAUUUAUUUUUUAAUUUUUUUUUUUAGUAAAAAAUAAUUAUAAACUCGAACAAAAUAUGUUUUAAACAUGGAGUUGGAUGAAACCAAGUGUUUUAAUUUAUAUAAAACACUGGUACCUUUUUAUAAUCCCAUUUUGAUAACACAAAUGAAUUUUUACAAUUUUGGGAGAUCAUCAUUUACAGCUUAUUACAAUUAAAUAAACAUUCUUCAGUAACUAUAAAUGCGAAAUCAGGAGAGAUAAGGAUGCAAGUAUAACUUGAUCCCCGGCUUGGUAAUUAAGUUUUGCCUGAAUGAGUCAUUUCAAAACAGUCUCAGCAGAGCAAAAUCUAAUUUUGCAGAAGAAUCGAAAAAUCCAUUUGUCUUCAGAAUAUAAUUUGUCUAGAGCAAAGGCACGACUUAUUCGAAAUGACUGACAGAAUUCAAAACAUGUACAAUUUUUUGAGGAACCAUCAAUCAGUGUCAAGUUUUUAUGCAAUGAUAUGAUUUCAGAUAUAUUUAUAACUGAGACAUCCAGUUUCAUAAUUUUUGUAAUAGACUAGAGGAUCACAAACGAUUAGGUAUCACUCUGGAACAUUCUGAGUGAGUUACGAUAAUAGUAUUUGUGAUAAGCAUCCAUUGACUUCGCACAAUCUUUGGUAUUUACAAGGUUUAUAUAAAAUAAAUAUAUGUGAUAAAUAUAAUUAACUCACAAAUAA